AUGGCGAGGCCGCACGUCGUGGUGGUGCCGUACCCGGGCUCCGGCAACGUCAACCCGGCGCUGCAGCUCGCCAAGCUCCUGCACCGCCACGGCGCCUACGUCACCUUCGUCAACACCGAGCACAACCACCGCCGCGUGCAGGACACCGAGGGCGCCGGCGCCGUGCGCGGCCGCGAGGGCUUCCGCUUCGAGACCAUCCCGGAUGGUCUGUCGGAGGCGGACCGCGGCAAGCAGGACUACGGCACCGGCCUCGCCUUGUCGAUCACCACUCGCUGCGCGGCGCCCUUCAGGGCCCUCGUAGAGAGGCUCAACGGCGACGAGCCCGGCGUGCCGCGUGUCACGUGCGUGCUGGCCACCAUGCUGAUGGGCUUCGCGAUCGGCGUGGCGCGGGAGCUCCGGAUCCCGACCAUGGUGUUCUGGACCACCAGCGCCGCCUCGCUCAUGGCCGACAUGAGGCUCCGCGAUCUCGAGGGGAGAGGCUAUGUGCCACUCAAAGAUGAGAGCUACUUGACCAACGGCUACGUCGAGACGACGGUCAUCGACUGGAUCCCCGGCAUGCCGCCGAUGAACCUCGGCGACCUGUCCAGCUUCCUCCGCACCACGGAUCCGGAUGACUUCUGUCUCCGGCUCAUAGAGGCAGAGGCCAACAACUGUUCCAAGGCCGGCGCUCUCAUCCUCAACACAUUCGACAGCCUUGAGGCCGAGGUUCUCGCUGCGCUCCGUGCUGAGUACCCACGCAUCUACACCAUCGGCACCCUGGGCUCCCUGCUGCGACGUGGCGCCGCCGCCACCGACGACAACUCCACUGAUUGCGACGAUUCGCCCGGGCUGAGCCUGUGGAAGCAGGAUGCCGAGUGCCUGGCGUGGCUGGACACGCAGGCGCCGCGCUCCGUCGUGUACGUCAACUUCGGCAGCCACACGGUCCUGUCGCCGGAGCAGCUGGCCGAGUUUGCGUGGGGCCUCGCGGCGAGCGGCCACACGUUCCUCUGGUCCAUCAGGGACGACCUCGUCCGCGGCGGCGGCGGCGGCCUCGCUGCGCUGCCUCCGGCGUUCACUGCCGAGACGGCGGGGCGGUGCCGCGUGACGGCGUGGUGCCCGCAGGAGCAGGUGCUGCGGCACCCGGCCGUGGACGGCUUCCUGACCCACAGCGGGUGGAACUCGACGUGCGAGAGCGUGGCCGCCGGCGUGCCGAUGGCGUGCUGGCCGGGGUUCGCCGACCAGUACACCAACUGCAGGUACGCAUGCGAGGCAUGGGGCAUCGGCGUCCGGCUGGACGCGGAGGUCAGGAGGGAGCAGGUCGCUGAACGUGUCAGGGAGGUGAUGGCGAGCGGGGAGAUGCGGAGGAACGUGGCGAGGUGGAAGACGGAAGCGGCGGCGGCCACCAGCCCCGGCGGGUCGUCGUACGAGAACUUCCUGGCGAUGGUGACAGCGCUCAGGAGCUCAUCCAAUUGCUCACAAGCCUGA